AUGGAUACCACUGUAUCUUCUAGGCCUCCACUCUCACAAAGAGACGACACGGAGCAUCCAGUCGAAAAGUGCAGAAACUAUCUCCUAAAGCGAGGUAUGACAUCGGCCGACAUGGAUUAUUUAUCGAGCAAGUAUAAUCAGCGGUGCAUUUCCAUUCAUGAUAAUGCGAAGUUUUUCGAUAUUUUGAAAGGCCUCGUUGAAACCCAAGACUGCGCGCAAAUUACAAUCGAUGAUUUCAAAGUGAUAGAAGCUGGGCUGCAGAAGAUAAACGGGGAACUAGAAGCGCAGUUUAAAGCUUGCCGGACAACAAUUCUCCUGAAUCAUCUUUCAUACUUGGACACUCAUCUUGCCUACUUGGACAUCAAGAAACUCAGAGUUGUCAGCCAAUAUGCAUGGGACUUCAUUAAAAGUGAUGCAUACAUUAACCGCAUUAACUAUAUCAUGGAGGUGCUUCCGGAACUUUUGAAAAAUCUCACGCCGACCCCUAUUCAUCCACAUCCGGCCGCUGAAGACCAGUGUACGACUCAAAUACCAAAUAGUCCUAAGAAACGUGUUCGGAAACCAAGAGCCCAACGAUUGAACGCUGAACCCCGAAGGAGUGCACGCAUUAAACGCUUGCAGGAGAAUUCGAAAGAGCCUAAAUCUCCCCGACCAAGUCGCCAUAAGAACAGCAAGGGGAGACAAUUUCGCCAGAAAUCAUGA